GUUACAAAGCUCCAGGACACUAUAGAUAAGGAAUCAGAGUAUAAAUCUGAGUUGAUGAAGAAUUACCAGGAGAUAACAGACAUUGACCAGAGACGACUAGUGUCACAGCAACUGGAGAAAUGUGAUGAGAAAAUAGAGGCAUUGAUGAUGAUGAUGGUACAUUACUGUGCUGGAUUACAACAUUGCUUAGAUCAAGAGGAAGCGCACAAGAGGUUGUUAAACAUGGAACCAACCAAUGAUGAUGAUGAUGAUGUAGUCACAGAGGAUUCUGGGAUACAGUUUGUGGUCACAGAUUCAUAGAACCAGGCAGUCACAGAGGCUGCUGGGAUACAAUUCAUAGAACAAGACAAGGAACCAGGCUGUUGAAGAGCAUGCUAGGAUAAAUUUUUGUUAAAGAUUCUUAUAAUUUUAUGUGGGGAACCAGGCAGUCACAGAGGAUGCUGGGAUACAAUUCAUAGGACAAGACAAGGAACCAGGCUGUUGAAGAGCAUGCUAGGAUAAAUUUUUGUUAAAGAUUCUUAUAAUUUUAUGUGGGGAACCAGGCAGUCACAGAGGAUGCUGGGAUACAAUUCAUAGGACAAGACAAGGAACCAGGCUGUUGAAGAGCAUGCUAGGUUAAAUUGUUUUUGAAGAUUCUUAUGAUUUUAUGUGGGGAACCAAGUAGUUUCAGUAGUCUUUAAUCAUCAAGUAUGUCAAGAUUCAGUUUAUGAAUAUUUGAUUUUACAGCAUGCAGGGAGCAAGUCAAAUUUUAGUGUGUGUAAACAAAACUUUAAAGAGAUUUAGACUUAAAAUCAUUGGAAACAAACACAUAUACUUGUUAGAAAUCUUGUAUAUAUUCAUGUAGACAGCACAACAGAGAAAUAUUUAUUUUUGUGGGCAGAAUUAUUACAGGUAGGUAGAUAGUGGGAUAUAGGGAAUAGAUUAGUUUCAAUGUAAACAGGGUAAUGGUUAGACAUUUAUUUUCCUUGGAAAACUAGCAGAGUGCAUUGUUCAUUUACCUUGUUAAAGGUUUACAUAAUUUGCAUUUUAAAUUUCAGUACACCAGGUCAUUUGACCUGACUAUGAUUUAGUCCUAAUUUGGUUGGGAACAUUUGUUUUGAUAAUUUAUUGUCUACAUGCUAUAUAUGAUUACAACAAACAGUCAAUGAUUUUAUGUACAUGUUGGGUUUAAAGUUUCGUUUGUUACAUUAUUUUAAUGUACCAAAGUGUAAACUGGAUUUCAUUAGAAAUGUUGUAUUAAGUUAUUUUUCUUUAAGGAUUAUUGUAUUUAAUUGUUAUUGUAAGUUUUUAUUGAAGUCAUUUGUACAUUUGCUCAUGCUUAUAUAUGUGCAAUUUAUUUAAAGAAAUGAUUCCGUGUUUGAAUCUAGUUAACUCAGAAUCUAUUUAAAGAAAUGAUUCCGUGUUUGAAUCUAGUUAACUCAGAAUCUAUUUAAAGAAAUGAUUCCAUGUUUGAAUCUAGUUAACUCAGAAUCUGUUUAAAGAAAUGAUUCCGUGUUUGAAUCUAGUUAACUCAGAAUCUGUUUAAAGAAAUGAUUCCGUGUUUGAAUCUAAUUAACUCAGAAUCUGUUAAAGAAAUGAUUCCGUGUUUGAAUCUAGUUAACUCAGAAUCUAUUUAAAGAAAUGAUUCCGUGUUUGAAUCUAGUUAACUCAGAAAUGAUUCCGUGUUUGAAUCUAGUUAACUCAGAAUCUAUUUAAAGAAAUGAUUCCGUGUUUGAAUCUAGUUAACUCAGAAAUGAUUCCGUGUUUGAAUCUAGUUAACUCAGAAUCUAUUUAAAGAAAUAAUUCCGUGUUUGAAUCUAAUUAACUCAGAAUCUAUUUAAAGAAAUGAUUCCGUGUUUGAAUCUAGUUAACUCAGAAUUAAUUUAAAGAAAUGAUUCCGUGUUUGAGUCUAGUUAACUCAGAAUCUAAGUAAGCUCUUGUGAUUGCUACCUGACUAUAGUUUCACCAUGAUGUGUACAGAAGAAAAUUUAUUUUCUGAACAAACUUGCUAAACAUUUUUGUUAACAUAUUUUCCUAGCCAAAUGUUUUAUGGCAUACUGUGCUAGAUCUUAGCAGUGGAGCCCUAGGUCUUGGUCAAAUUACAGAAUAGACUACCAAAAGUAUGCAUAGAACUAAACAGAACAAAACGCUACUGAUUAUGAUCUGUUACAGACAUUUCACAUUGAGUUUUAUUAACACUUGACCCCAUUUCACAUAGAUUCCUGUAAACACAUGAC